ACUCAGCCGGUGCCUCCACAGAAGAGAGGACUGACUGACUGACUGCACACAGCAGAGCGUGAGGCCGUUCACUUACUGCUUCACUGCCCCGUGCUAGCUGACACACACUCGCUGACUGCCGCUCACCCUGACACAUACAGACACACUCUCACUGCCUCUCUCUCUCCCUCUCUCUCUUGCUCUCUGUCGCAAACACACACCAGCUCUCUCCCUCCCAUACUCACUCGCUCACUCCCUCUCUCUUUCUCUCUCCCUCUUUCAGUAUCACACACUCACACAUACACACACGCACAGAGUCAGUCACCAACCCUCAUUCAACUCCCUCUCAGCCACGGGUCAGCAGCUCAGACAGGCACCUUGUUCCUAUUCAGCUGGAAAGAGUAGAGCAUCGCAAGGUGCACACGCACAUAUUCACACAAAAACACAUAUUUUUACACACACACAGACAAACACACACAUGCGCAUCCUUAAAGAUCCCAGGACUUUAUCUGUGCUACGGGAAAGAAGACCUCAGUCCAAGGAGGAGACCAAACAGAGAAACAAGGAACGACAAUAAAGAGGAACUUUUAAAGGUGGAUUCAUACUAUUACAACAUUCCAUGAAGGAUUCGGGCAAAUAGAAACGGACACAAGACUGAAGAUGACAGCUGGAGAAACUUUGACAAGCUUGUUGCUGUAGAAAGGCCUACUGUCAGCCCAACUGGUCAUCAGUGACAUCCAGAGGAUCUGCUGUUAGUGCCAUUUCCCUCCCUUCUCAGUUCAGGACUCCCACCCUCUUGUCAUCCCUCCACUGGGACAUCUCCUGAUCAUCAGCAUGCCUACAGCUUGCACAAGGUGCACCUUGGGAGUCUGACCCACCAUGUGCAGAUGGACGCCGUCCGUAGCUCAUCUCUGUCCUGAACCUGCCCUUGGCACCACUACUGCAGCCUCCGCUGGGCGACUUCUCCCCCUGCCCAGCGCAGCCUCCCUUUGCCUGGCAUGCUUCACCCUGCUCCUGGUCACCGCUGGCACUGCCACAGGGGCCUGUCCUCCCGGGGUUGGGCAUGAACCCCUUCAGGUGUUGGCGAGUGGCAUCAACUGUUCAUGGACGUUGGAAAGGCACACUCGCAGUUACAAUCACCUAGAGGGCGACGUACGACUACGGCGACUUUACUCUGCCAACAAGUUCUUCCUCUGCAUUGACAAAACGGGCAAGGUGGACGGCACCCGCCGGAAAAACUACGCAGACAGCCUGAUGGAAAUCCGAUCUGUCAGUGUGGGAGUUGUUGCCAUCAAAUCUGUCAGCACCGGGCUGUACUUAGCUAUGUCCAAGAAAGGCACACUCUUUGGAUCGGUGAAGUACAACCCGAGCUGCAAGUUCAAGGAGCGCAUUGAGGAGAACGGCUACAACACGUACGCCUCCCUCCGCUGGAAGCACGGCGGCAGGCAGAUGUUUGUUUCACUGAACGGGAGGGGGAAGCCCCGACGAGGUCACAAGGCUCGACGAAGGCACCCGUCUACUCACUUCCUACCCAUGCUCCCCUCCUAGCUGCCCAAGUCUGAACUCUGACCAGCAACUGGCUGGCUCCCCCGCCUCCUCACACUAGUGUUGAUCUAGUCGUGACGGCAAUCUUUAUUUUUAUUAUUCCAUCCUCCUGUCACAUAAAUGUACAUUUGUUGAGGUUUGUAACAUUUGUAGAGUUAGUAUAAUAUGUACUUUUAAGUUAUUUCCCCCCAUUUUCUAAUCAUGUUCCAUAAUACAGUCCAAUACAGUAGAAAUAUACUAUCUUCAGGCAUCAGUCUGUGUCUGAACUGCAUGUAAAGCAGAGUUUGGGUGACUUCAAGAGACUGUAAGAGGACUGAAAAGGGACAGCAAGGCUUGGAAACAACAAAAUGUGACUCACUGGUUUGUUAUUUCGCCUAUUUUAGAUGCCCAGCUAAGUAAGAACAGAAGCAUCUGGUACAGCUACAAUGACAUGUAUCUAGUCUGCGAUGGAUGACUAGUAUCACUAUUAGAAAAAGAAGCAACUUUGAAAUAGCUACUAAUCAGGGCCAUAGCAACCAUUGAGGACACUGAGGUCGUGUCCUCAGUAUUUUAUGUGGUCUUUUCGGGUGAGUCAUAUUCUUUAAUUAAAAAUGUAUGUGUAGUUGACCGAUUUCAGUAUUUUAAGACUUAAUAUUGCACAUUUAGCUUUACUAAAAAAGCAAAUGUGAAUUUAUUACACUGAAUACACAUUUCUCAUCAUCAUACGUGGAGCACAUUCAAAUGUGAAAAAUUCCCAUAUUGAGUCAUUGUCUGGUGUCUCACAUAGGAAAUCUGUAAGAUUAUAUUUACAAAAAAAACUUUAAUAUUAUAUAUGCAACACUGUUUCCCAUAUUAUACAUUCACAUACCGGCACAUGAUUUAUCGCAUGUGAAACACAUUUAGGUAUAAUGUGUAAAAAAAAAUAAUUUCACAUGUUGUAAGGCUAAAUUUGAAUACUUUUAGGCCAAGAAAAAUAAAUAAACAAAUGAAAUUUAAAAAGGUAUUUAUCCACCAUCCAGUUUAAUUUAUGUGGAGUGAAGUGGUGAAGGCUUAAUAUAAUUAAAGAACAGAGCAAAUAAGAUGAGAUGAGAAAUCCAUUAAUUUGUUUAUUAAUGAAAAAAUUGGGGGGGGUUGGACUCAUGACCUCAGUAUUUCUUAAAAUCCUGGCUAUGGCCCUGCUAAAAACAUCUCCACCGUUGCUUGGGAUGUACUGUACUGACACUACUGGAUAAGAGACACUGAUCUGCCCCAGAACUGUACAGGCGAGUCUCAUCGGACUCAAAAAAUUGAUAAAUGUACUGUUCUGGCUGUAUAUGUCAACAUAUGACAAACACAACAGGAACUAAGCUAACUACUGGGAUAACAUGCUGGAUUUUCUGAUAUGACCUUCAUAUGUUUGUGCAUGCUUCUGUCAGACUGCUUCUCCCAUUCAACAACCCACAGCUAAUAGAUUAGAAAGCAGUAUAGGAAAAAAAAAUGCAUUGUGUCUCAUCUAGUCUCUGAUUCUUGGUCCUUAGUUCAGUCGUGAAAUAAUAAUAUACGUUUUGAGUCAUUUAAUGCAUUAUAGCAGCCGUAGGAAUGCCAGAUGUCACUAGCAGAAAAUUCAUUAAUUUUGUACACAAUAGUAAAUGGUUAUUACAUACUGCCUCUCUGUCAAGUCUUGCUAACAUUUUCUCAAGGCUGUUGCUAAUAGAACAUUUAAUAUAUUUAAAACAUUUUGUACUCUUUAACUGUUUGAAGUUGAUGUUUAUCGUUAUUGUCGACUUUUUGUGUUGGAUUGUAGUCAUACUGUUAAAAAAAGAAAGGGAAAAAGUAACCGUAUUCAAGUCCAUAUUCAACUCAUUUUGUAUGGUAUUACUACUGGGUAUUGGAACAUGUGUGAUCCACUUAUCAAAAACAGCUUUCAGCUAUAGGCCAGUAAUAGAGGUUUGUAUAUGGCCAAAGUUUCAAAACAAACAAGUCUUUAGAUUCAUUUCAGCAAAGUAAAAUCAUUUGAGUGCCUUGGUCCAUGCUGAGUUUGGUUAACUUCAAUAAAAAAUGUGGAUAAA